AUGCCUGAGCGACAGGGGAAGGGAGUGAAGGAAGGAGUUGGGGUCCGGGCGUGGGGAAUCCGGGCGCAGCCGGACGAGAGCUACAUUCGGCCGUCAGCUGAAGUGAGUAGUGAAUACAGCAUGGAUAAGGCAAUGGUUGAAUUUGCAAUGAUGGAUCGGGAACUAAACCAUUAUUUAAAGGCUGUGCAAUCUACAAUAAACCAUGUAAAAGAAGAACGUUCAGAGAAAAUACCUGAUCUAAAAUUAUUAGUGGAGAAGAAGUUUUUGGCUUUACAGAAUAAGAAUUCUGAUGCAGACUUUCAAAAUAACGAAAAAUUUGUCCAAUUUAAACAACAGCUGAAAGAACUAAAGAAGCAAUACGGUCUUCAAGCAGACAGAGAGGCUGACAGCACGGAAGGACUUGAUGAAGAUAUGAUUGUGACUCAGAGUCAGACCAACUUCAUUUGCCCCAUUACACAGUUGGAAAUGAAGAAACCAGUGAAAAAUAAAGUGUGUGGCCACACCUACGAUGAGGAAGCCAUUGUUCGCAUGAUUGAGUCCAAGCACAGGCGGAAGAAAAAGGCCUGUUGCCCGAAAGUCGGCUGUAGCCACAUAGACAUGAGGAUAUCGGACCUCAUCCAGGAUGAGGCACUGAGAAGAGCAAUUGAGAACCACAACAAGAAGAGACGUCGCCAGUCCACCUAGGAAAGCCCCCUGCCUGCAGGGGACUCCGCAGCCUACCUCCUACCCCAGCCAUCCGUAGAGAGGGAUGCUUCUCAAAGCACUUUGACUGGCUGCAUAGCAUACUUUGGGGUAAAUUUGAAGGUUUUAGUGUAUUUGAAAGCAUUUUUCUAUGUUCUAAUAAGCAUUCAAGUCUACUAUAUUGUUUAUUUUUAAGUGUUCUGUAAUUUUAAAUAAAACUUUGAUUA